AUGUCCAAGUCUCACGUUGAAUCACAAGUAAAGCAACCCAUCUACCACGACCCUUGGGCCAGACGUGAAGCCUGGCGCAAGCACCCCAUCUUCUCAAAGAGCUCCAACUUCAAAACUAUGUUUCCUGGACUCGGUAUUGCAACUGUCGCUUUUGCUGCCUAUUGCACCUAUGAACAUUUCUUCCUCAACAACAAGAAGAGCCAUCAUUAA